UCGCACGCUUUGGAAGCAUUCUUGGCAGCACCGUUAGGGAUGCAACGGUACGAUUAAUUGAGAUUAUGUCCGACGAUGCUGCCGUGUUCCGCGGUCCGUCCUACGGAAAGGUUACGGUGCUUGUGGUGGCCCUCGGCGUCACCUUAGUAAUGGGCACGGCCAUUACGGCUAUAGUGGCUCUUCUUACGGUCAUAUGGGACAUGAGUACCAGGAAGCAACUCAAGGAUCUAGAACCUGUAGGACGCAACGCAGACAUGUCAGACCUACUUUCGAACCACACCACCCGGAUAGCACCGCAUCCUGGCCAACCAUCAACCACCAGAAGAACCAUGAAACCGUUGAAGAAAAGACCGUUCCCAACGCCGACGUCGAGAAAAAGGGACGGAGUACGGAGAAAAUACGUCACGAAAGCCACCGUCACAACAGCGCAAGAUCACCUCGGUAGCACGCUGAAAAACGGCAAGCGAAUACCGGAUUGGGUGUUCUUUAAAACACGGAACCAUAAGUCUACCGGACGUCAAAGCCACAUCGCCGCGACGACAAAACACCAUGCUGUGCGCACGGUAGUGAAGUACUACACCAGAUGGAGAACUCGUAAGCCUACCGAACAUCAAGGCGACAUCACCACGACGACAAAGCAUCGCGCAGUACGUACGGUAGUGAAGUACUACACCAGAUGGAGAACUCGUAAGCCUAACGGAAGUACUGGAGAUCGAAAGAACGGCGACAGUGGCGCCACUUACAGAACAAGCCAUCGAGAGAGAGGCGGCGAGUUUAUGCGAACCACACCGGGAAUCAUGUGGAAGUUUUCCACGCGUCGCGUUACAAAGCAAAGGGGUUUAAGCCUAACCACGUUUCCGUCAACAAUGAAACCGAAACUGACAACGCGACAUGAAACUGCCAUGACACAAGCGACAAGGAAAGGUCCUAGAUGGAAAUUCUACACGCGCCUCGUCACUAGGAAGCCGGUUGUUCGUACAGAUACAGCAUCCACGACUAGGAAACCGAAACCGAAACCAUUCAAGGAGAACAGAACUAGCGUGACAAGGAUUGGAAGAACACGGGUGGUAUACUGCACACGACGGAAAAGAAACACUGUUCCAUUUCGUACGCGCAUCGCGUACUACACUAGGAAGAUACGUAAAAGUCAUCCAACGGUGUCCGAGACGACAGAAAGUGUUGGCGGGACAAGAGGACCUGCUUACAAAGGCUCCAAUAAUGGCCAUUUUCGAACACGCAUAGUACACUACACAAGAAAGGUCAGGAAAGGAAAAUCGACUACAUCCACGGGUGAAAGGACAAAAGGUCGUACAGGUAAAAUAACGAAGCUUGGUCAUGUUCCAACACAUUACACGAAAGGGACUAGGGAAGACAAUGAAAGAGUGACCACAACUGGAACGACGAAAGGUCCCGUCAACAAAACAUCUAGGGUUGGACAUUUUCGGACACGUAUAGUGUACUACACCAGAAGGAUCAAGAGAAGCAGCGCAACUACGCCAAUGUCUAGCACGACGAAAGAUCUAGCCGGCAAAACAGCAAAGGCCGGCCAUUAUCGGACACGAAUCGUGUUCUUAACGAGAAGGAUCAACAGACGCAGAACAACUCCGCACACGACCGAAACAACAAAAGGCCCUUCCGACAAAACGGCUAAGGCUGGCCAUUUUCUGACGCGCAUAGUCUAUUACACGAAAAGAAUAAGGAAAAGUCGUCCGACUGCGCCGAUGGUCAAGACGACGGAAGGUCCUGCUCGCGAGUCAACUAAAGCACACAAUGUCGUGACACGGAUAUUAUACUACACGAAAGGAAUCGGAAAACGCAGUGCAACAACGCCUGUGACCAAAAGAACAAAAGGUCUGAAGAACAAAACUAGUAAAGGUGGCAACAUUUCGAGGCGCGCACCUUAUUAUACUAGGAGGAACAAGAAACGGGUAAAGACUACGGCUAUGAACAGAAGAAUAGUUUCGAAAGAAAAAACUCACGAUGUUCAUAUUCGGAAAAGCACCACUCACUACAUAGAAACUACGAAAGAAACGAGAAUACAGCAUACGACAUCGGUGAAGCUACACGAAAUGUCGGAUACGAAUUGUCCGUCCACAAUGCCCAGGACAAAAACGGUGCAGACACCAUCGUCGAUAACGGACUCUCCAACGUUGCACACAUCUGUCGCUGGAGACAACGAAGAGGUGUCGGCUCUCGCAAGUACCAAUCAACCAAUCACAUCAAUACCGCUGACAACUCAAGGUGAGACUGUUGCGCAGACGAGCCAACACUCCGGAACUGGUGUCUCACAGUGGACGGAAUUCUGGGACCACGGUGGUCGUGCCACGUUCACAGAAGGGCAGCAAGCGUCGUCGUCGUCGUACACUGAGGCAGUGGCCGCGACGCCCUUCACGAAGUCUACAGAGGACAAGAGGGACUCUGGACGAGUCGUUGUAGAAGUGCGUGUUGUGAGGGGUUCGAAAAAGUCCACGUUUCCCACAGCGGAAGGUUUCACUAGCGGCGCUGGGGAUAGUACGGUUGAUCGAAGAACGGAAAGCGGGAUUGGUCCGCACGGUUUUGAUGAUUCAACUAUGAGGAUUACGAAGUAUAACGAGACGGGUGAAGCCUGGUGCUGUCCUGACAAAUUAAACUAAUGUGUAUUGAAUUUUCAACAGUCUUCCGCCAAUAUUAUAUUUCCGAUGCCGAAUAAAUACAUUCUGUUGCG